CUCACACCGACCCAAAACAAUGCCCCCCACACUCCCUACCACCCGGCGCGCCUUCCGCCGAACAGACGACUACACCCCCGGCACCGCCAAACUCUACGCCGUCGACGAACCCCUGCCGCCCCUAGGCCCAACUUCCGUGCUGAUCAAAAUCCACGCCAUCGCCCUCAACUACCGCGACGCCAACAUCGCCAACGGCGGGAACCCGUGGCCCGUCCUUCCGCACGGGAUUCUGGGUAAUGACGCCGCCGGGGAAGUCGUUGCCGCCGGCGACAAGGUCACCACCCUCGCCGUCGGCGACCGCGUCGCCCCCAUCAUCGACACGCAGUUCGUGUCCGGUCGGGAGCUGGGCCGCAGCUGGCUCGCGGCCGACGAGGACGGAGUCAUGGCGGACCACGUCGUCUUCGACGAGCGGGUGGUCGUCAAGCUGCCGGCGUAUCUGGACUGGAUUAGUGCGGCGACGAUCCCGUGCGCGGGCGUGACGGCGUGGUCUGCGCUCAAGGGGAUGAGCAUCGGGCAGACAGUGCUGAUUCAGGGGACCGGCGGCGUGAGUGUCUUUGCGCUGAAGCUUGCGCGCGCGGCGGGCCUACGCGUGAUCCUGACCUCGUCGAGCGAUGAGAAGCUCGCAGCCAUGCGGGAGAAGUAUGCCGAUCCGCCGUUGUUGACGGUGAACUACUCCAAGAUUUCGGCGUGGGAGGAGGAGGUGCUCCGGUUGACGGACGGGGUGGGCGUGGACAUUGUGGUGGAGAACGGGGGCACGCCCUCGCUUGUGCAGUCGAUGAAGUGCACGCGGCGCGGUGGGAUUGUCAGCCAGGUCGGGUAUCUGGGGAAGCAAAAGGCGCAGGAUCUGGCGGAGUUGGUGCCGGUUAUUAUCGAUCGGCGGGUGGUUUUGAGGGGUAUUAAUGCCGGAUCGAAGUUUGAUACGGAGGACUUCUGUGCGGCGCUCGCGUCGACGCAAAUUCGAUUGGAUGAUCUGAUUGACUCGGUGUUUCCGUUUGAGAAGGCAGAGGAGGCAGUCGAGUAUAUCUGGCAGGGGAAGCAGGUGGGCAAGAUUGUGCUUCGUUUGUAG